GCGUGAUAUAUUUAGAAUCAAAACAAAAAUUAGCAUAUCCAUAUGUCUUACUGGGCGGUGUAGUAGUGGUAAAAUAAUUGGUAUUAUAAAUGACUUCAUUACUGCUGAAGUUUCUCAUCUUGGCAACCAUACUUCCUUUGCUGUUGUAUGCAAAUAAUGGAAGCAAAAGUCACCCUAAUCCAUGCUUUUGCAAGCUUCAAGGUGAAGUAGAUGACUGUUCUUGUAAGGUGGAGAAUUUGGACUCCUUAAACAACAGAAAGAUUUAUCCCAUUCUGAAGAGCUUGCUACAGAGGGACUACUUUAGGUAUUUCAAGGUGAAUUUAAUGAAGCCAUGUCCAUUUUGGUCAGAUGACAGUCGCUGUGCUCUGAAGGACUGCCAUGUUCAAUCCUGUUCAGAGGAUGAAGUACCAGAGGGUUUGAAAGCAAAUGGAAAUGGAAAUUCUAAAGAAAUCAAUAAGUACUCAGAGGAGGCACAGAAAGAACAUAACUGUGAUCAAGAGAGAGAACUCAGUGCCUUAGAUCGGACCAUUAGUGCUGAGAGUUUGGAAGCCUUCAAAAAUUGGACUCGCCAUGACGACAGACAAGAGACGUUCUGUGAGAUAGAUGAUGACGAUACCCCAGACUGUCAGUAUGUAGACCUGCUGUUGAAUCCAGAGAGAUACACUGGUUAUAAGGGUGCAUCUCCUCACAGGAUCUGGAACAGUAUUUAUGAGGAAAACUGCUUCAAACCUGAAGGAACUGUAUAUGGAUCGAAGAAGACAUUGGCAGGGUCAUUGGAAGGUCUCUGUUUGGAACAGCGAGCUUUCUACAGACUCAUUUCUGGACUCCACACCAGCAUUAAUCUACAUCUCUGUAACGAGUACCUUUUUCCUUCCACAACAUUGCUGUCUUCACCCGAAUUUAGACCAAACACUGAAGAAUUUAUCAUGCGAUUUGAUCCUAAAGCCACCAAAGGCCAGGGGCCACAACGAUUAAAGAACCUUUACUUUACUUACCUGGUAGCGUUACGGGCUCUUGCUAAGGCUGCACCUUAUCUGGAGGAGGAAGAAUUUUUCACGGGGAGUCCUGAAGAGGAAAAAGAUAUAAAGGAUGGAAUCAAGGAUUUACUGAAAAUCGUCAAGUCAUUUCCUGACCACUUUGAUGAAAGUAAUCUUUUCAAAGGAGACUCCAAAGUUGCAAAGAAACUUCUGACUGAAUUCCGGGAGCACUUCAGAAACAUUUCCCGCAUCAUGGAUUGUGUUGGAUGUGACAAGUGUAAGCUGUGGGGGAAAUUACAGAUACAAGGUAUGGGGACUGCCCUGAAGAUUCUGUUUUCUGGAGACAGUGUUGGGCUACAGUCAACUGUCAAUGCCAAUCACAAGCAGCGUUUCCAGCUCAGGAGAACAGAAAUUGUCUCUCUCUUUAAUGCGUUUGGAAGGCUCUCAAGCAGUAUACAUACAAUAGAAAAAUUCAGGAAGUUGACAAGCUGACAACCAGGAAACAAUAGAAAAGUUAGAAGUCUCUAAAAUACGUUUUUUUUUUUACCAGAAUAAUGUAUUUCAACUCACAAUAUACUAUAGCUUGUAAAUGUUAGCUAUAGAUGCAGAACAUGACCUUGUGUUGAAUUCAAAGUCUUUUGAAAAUAAUCAUUUUGUCUCACAAAAGGUUUUUAAGAAGUUGGUGAAUAAUCCUAACCAGAAAACCUAUUAGUAGAUUUAUAUUAGCUUGGGAUCACUUUCUUCAUUUUGUUCCAUUUACUUAAACAUUUUUCAGAAAAAUUAAGAAAACAUGUUCUUUUACUUGUUAAGGCAUGAUUGUAAGUUGUCACAUUCCAGUCAAUGGGACCCACCUUAUUUUCAAAAGUAGUACAUUUGUAUAUGUACUUACAGUAUUGUAAAAUUUGUUUUAAAAAUUGAGUUGAUAGGUAUCACACGAGAUGUUUUGUAGACUUAGUAGAAGUGUUGUGAAAUAUAUUUAGAAAAAUAUAAAAACACAUUAAGUGCAAUAUGAGAAAUACAACAUACUUGUAUGUGCAUAUAUUUAUUUCUCAAUGUUAUUUGAUUUUGUCAUAUAUGAUUUUAAAAACCUCAAUGAAUUAUAUAAGCUUGAAUAAUGUAUGGAGUAUAUGGUGUCAUUGGGGUUGUAGAAUUGUUUGGCAAGCCCUUAAGACGACAGACUGUAAUACAUGGUGCAUUAUACAUGAAAUUCUUGAAUUGAAUACAUUUGGAGUUGAAUUUAUUUUUUGCCUGCCUUGAAUUAAGAGAUUGAAUGUUUCCAAAUCUCUCUAAGUAAACAAUUUUACUUUGUUUUUUGCUUAUGGUGCUGGAUAAGGAUGUUGUACCAAAACAUUUUGUAAAUAUUUGACAGUGAACUCAUAGAAUUGUAUAAAAUUUCUCUUUGCUGUAUAUGGAUCCUUACAUGAAAAUUUCCUCACUACACUCCUGGAUUUACUGUGUGUUUGUGCUAUGCACUCUGGUUUGGCUAAGAUUUGUUUGUUUUGUGUAUUUUUGUUAAUUACAUCAUAAACAAGUCGUUGAUUUCCAAUCUGAUUAAAAUCAGCUCCUCGAUCCGCUCCUCUCUUUUUUAAAAUGGCGCUGCAUGUGUAGCAACACACAAAAAAAAAAAGUAGUGGAUCGAGAAGCUGAUUUUAUUUAGAUCGGUUGAUUUCUUGGUUACAAUCUUUAACUAUGCAUGUUUAACAAUUCUCUUUUGUACUUUGUGAUGUUUCUAUAUGCAUCUUUUGACUGGUUGAGACUUUGCACCGAAAAGAAAAAUUAUUUAAAUCCUUGCUGUGAUGUAGUACCAACUUUUCAGAUAUGUAAUACUGGUUUCACAACCCAUUUAUAUCAACAAAAGAUAAAAAAUCUCCACCAUUGUUGAUUUGAUUUCUUGCGGACUACAAAGCUCUACCUAGUAAGGUGGCCAUCAAUUUCAUAAUGUUUAUUACCUACACAUGGUUAUCAGGAAAUACAGUGAACAGUCAUUGUAUCAUUUUACAAAUCAUCAAAGACUACUGAUGAUGCCUUUUGUCUUAAACACAUCUAACAUCAUAAAGAUUUAUUGAAACCAUUCCAAAAUAACAUCCAAGUUUAUUUUUUGAAAUGUAGAUUUUUUUGUAGAAAUUAAGAAUGUAGAGAUUUAGUAGAAAUUUUUGAAAUUUGAAUUACCUGUAAAAUAUAAUGCAUCUUAAUUUUUGGAAAGAAGCAUGCAGAUUGAUGAUAAACUAAUUUUGCCACUGAGUAACAUGUAGAAGUGGACAUUAUUAAAUCUAAAUAUAGUAAAUUUGUAGGAUCUGUUAAUGUGUGGAAUUCUACAAUAUUGAUCUUAAAAUAGAUAUUAUAUUGGAAAAAAAAUUCCAAAUAAAUCUGCAGAAAAUGUUAAUUGCUUUAACAAUUCUGUUAGGAAUUUUUAUCUAACUGGUAAUUUUUAAAAGUUAUUUGCUGAAUUCCUCUUGUAGAUGACCCACUUUGUUGUUUAUUGUUCGGCAUGACACUGUGUAUUCACCCCUGUGAUAUUUUAAAAACACACCACCACUUUUAUGUAUUGUACAUGUAUACCGAGGGUAGAUUUAUCCACAUUAGUUUAGAAUUUUAGAUUUAAAAGACAUAACAUUAUGAUAUUUAAAACCACAUGUAUAUAUAUAAUCCGAGAUUCCUCCGAUUCUUACCCCCGCUUUUAUGUGCGCACGUCACACUAUAAAAGCAGGGGUAAAAGACAGGGGAAUCUUGGAUUAGUAUAGAUAUUGCAAUGUCCUAAUUAUACAAGUCAUGAAUAUAUGUAUAUAAACAUUGUUACUUUACAACAUAUGUUGUCUGACUUCUUCAGGAAUCUUUAAGGAGACUUAGUAGUUCUGUUGUUUUUAUGAAGAUAUUGACAUUCAUCAUCAUCAUCGUCCAUUUUGAUUAUGAUGAAUGUGGUUGUUAAUACAUGUAAUGACUAGCUUUUCAAAUAUUCAUUUUUCUAAAAAUAUGUUGUAAUUUUCAGCAUUAACUGCCAUUAGAAUUGCAUGUAUAUAUUCAUAUAUUUAUGACAUUUUUACGGUUGUUAACAAAAGUCGUGUAAACAAACUGGGAGGACCAAAGCUGUUGGUAACAUUUUAAUGUGCAUUUCAUAUUCGUUUGUUUCAACACUGGUGGCACGUCUUCAGAUUGUUUUAAAUGCAGUAUAUGAUUCAAUGUCUCGACUGGGUGCUUUUAUACUAUACAAAAUGAAAUUUUCUAUCCUGUCUAUACUGCUUUCUAGAGUGUUGUUUAAUAUUUUAGAUAUGUAUACUUGUCAUAUAAUUAUAUUUGUAUUAAGCUAAUGAAAUCCAUUAGAUUUCUCACAAAUUGUACAUCUGUACAAUAAUUAGUUACAUGUAUUAAUAUCUUAUAGUCAGAUUGACAGGGGUUAAAGACCAAUUCUAAUUCAGGUUCUUGUCGAACAGACCAAACUUUGUACUGUUAGCAUGAUGUGAAUCUUAAAAAUUAGAAAGUUUUUGUUCAGAUAAAGAAGAAAGAUCACUUAGAAAGGGUAAAAACUGAAAGAACUGAACUUCUAUUGGUAAAUACCACCCUUUGAUUAUUCCUCUUAGUCUGUAGCGAUAUUAAUCAUGACUUAGUCUGUACUGAUAUUAAUCAUGAGCAAGUACGAUACCUUGUAUGUAUAACUUAAUAAUUCUGAGCAAGUACCUUCCAUGUAUAACUUGUCAAAUGCAAGUUAAUUGAGGUGCAUGCAUGGUUCAUUAGUCCAUUCUUGUAAACAUGCUAUUUGCUGGGUAGAAAGCCCUCGGUUGAUAUUUUCUCUUUUAGUAGCUGUACGUUACCAAGCUAGAUCUAAUGCUGUAAACUUCAUCAUAGUUUGGUUUUCCUGUUGAAUGUUAUUCCUGUUGAACAUGAUGUUAUUUGUCAUUUUGAAAAUAUGUUGCUUACUCUGUUAUUGACCUAUCCAUAUAAAUUGUAAUCUAUAUUUGCUACAUUUUAAAUGGAAUUAAAUGUUAGUGAUUAU